AUGAGAUCAAUUUCCCCAAAUGCAUAUUAAUCAAACAAAGAUUCUUUUUCGUCUUAACCUCAAUAAUAGAAAGCUAUAUUAAAACCUAUUGUUUAUGAAGCUAUUCAUGUACCUGUAAAUGAAUAGAUUGUACAUGCAAAUAACAUUCGAUUAAAUAUGUCACCUGCUCAUAUUGCACCACCAUCUGGUUAAACUGUUUAUCGUACUUUAUAAACACCAAAUACUUAAAUACCUCCUUAAACUAUUUAACAAAUUUAAAAUAUCUAAACAUUUCCAUAAUAAAAAGAAUUAAAAUUAUAAACUUCUGUUGCAGAAUUCCAAGUACCAUAAUCAUAAUCAUAAGAAACAUAUUCUUCUGCUAAAAGUGAGGAUAGAUUAUAUAGAGAAGUUGAGGAUAGAAUUAGAGUUAUUAGAAAUGAAAGUGAUUCAUGGAAAUAAAAGUUUAUUAUUAGUGAAAAUGAUAAAGUUAAAUAAAUGCAAGAUAUGGAAAAUCAUUAUAAAAUGGAAAUGCAUAAUUAAUCAUAAUAAUUAAAACAAUUUUAUUAAGUAUCUAUGAAUGAAUUGAAUGAAGAACUUAAACAUUUACAAAGAGAAUUAGAUAAUUCAAAUAGAGAAACAGAAAAAACUAGAAAAAAAUGUCAUUAAUUAGAAAUGGAUUAAUUUGAAUUAAAAACAUAAAUUGUUGAUGCUAAUGCUUAAAAAGAUUAAGCAUAAAAAGAAUUGGUUAGAAUGACUAAUCUUUAUCAAAGAAUUAAAAUUGAUAUGGAUGAAAUGAGAACUUAAUAAGAAAUAAUGAAAAAAAGAAUUGUCAAUGAAUAAGAAUUAGAAAAACUUAAAGAAAUUAUCAAUCUACGAGAAAAUGAAAUUGAUGAUUUAAAAAUUAGAAAUUCUUAAUUAGAAAUAUUAAGUAUAGAUGUUAGAAAAUUAGAUACUUAGAAUCAUGAACUUUAAAAUUAAUUAGAAAUACUCUAAUCAUAAAUUUCCAUUUAUGAAACUAAAAUCAUUGAAUCAAGAAAUGAAAUUGAUAAUUUAAAUUCUAUUAAUAAAAGACUUAAUAAUCAAUUGUAAGAAAAAAAAAAUCAUGAUAAACUUUCCAAAACAAUUUAAGAAUAAGAUAUGCUCAAUUAGUUAAAUUAAGCUUAAACUCUUACAUAAGAAAAAGAUAAUUAAAUUAAAUCUUUAAAUAUUCAAAUUUCUUAAUUACAAUUAAAGUAUGAUUAAUAAUCAUAACAAAUAAUAUCUAUUAGAGAGAAUUAUGAAUAAGAGUUAACUGAAACAAGAAUGAAACAAGGAAAAUUUGAAUAAGAAUUUUAAGAUGAUAUUACUUAAAAGUUUUAAUUGAUGUCAAGAGAAAUACAGUAACUUUAGUAAGAAAGAUAAUAACUAUUGAAUGAUUUGUCAUAAUAAUCUUAACAAAAGGUAUUAUAUUCAUUAAAAUAAUUAAGAUUCGAUAAGAUUAAAAACUAUAAUAGUAAUAAAAGGAAAUAGAUAAUUUUAAUUAUUAAUCUUCUCUGAGAAACAAAGAACUAGUAGAUAAUAAAGAAACGAUUAAUUAAUUGACAAAAUAAGUAGCAGCUAUUUCAAAAGAAAAAUAAAAUUUAUAAGAAUAAAUACAUGUAAAUUUAAUGUAACUAUUUUAGAAAUUACACUAUUAAUAUUAAGAUUUUAAUAAAGUUAAUUAUUAAUAUGAAAAAGUACUUUGUAGUAUUGAAAUGGAAGCAUUAAGAGAAAGAUUAGAUAAUGCACUUUCUGAAAUAGAGACAAUAAAAGCUAAUUAACUUUCUAUGUAUAAAUUUUCUUGA